AUGGAUGCUUCGACCCCACUCAAACGGUCCUCAACAGAAGCUGGAUUGGACUCUCCAAAGGAAUCCGUUCGCUCCGGAGAGUCACGGCCAGCACCUAAGAUUUCCAAAGCCCGCGCCUGUGCGGAGUGUAAACGACACAAGAUUCGAUGCGAAUUCCGACCAGGCGAGUCGAAUUGCACAAAAUGUGUUCGAAGUCGAAUCAAAUGUGUCGUGAAUGAUUUUUCGCAAAAAUUUGUCGACGACGAUGGGAUAUGGAAGUCGCAAGCAUCUUCUUCAAUGCAACAAUUACAAGCCGCUGUAUCGCAGCUAUUGCGACAAGCAGGACUUCCCGAUCUCUCGACUUAUACCGCUGGAGACUCUCUCAUUGGUUCCAGUCCAGCUGCCUCACACCAUGCAUACCGGCCAUCCAUUGAUAUCUCUCAACCGCUUACCAGUCACCAUGAUGGGCCAGGGGUAGUGAUGGACGUCACUCGAGAGCAUUCGCAAGAACCUGAUCUCCAAGAUCCGGAGUUGGUACCAGCACCCAUGCGCAGUUUGUACGAAGUCACCAAGUUGCGCAAUCUACGAAACAAUCAUAUCGAAGCACCAAAGAAGACCUUAUUAGAAGAGGAUUUUAUUACCCGUGGUCUAAUAUCGAUCCAUGAGGCCGAAGAGCUCUUUGCAUACUUCAGCCGCACAAUGAACCAGCUCCUUUGGGGCGGAAUCAUUCUGGUACAUCGUGAUCUGACAUCCGUUCGUCGCGCAUCUACUCUGCUUUCAGCUGCAGUCUUGACGGUGGCGGCACUUCACAUACCAAAUCGCACUGAGACAUUGAACCGAUGUUAUAAUGAGUACGUGUCUUUAGUAUCGAGUAUGGCCCUUACCCGGGCACAUACGCUAGACGAUGUUCGAGGCCUUUGUGUUGGUGCUUUCUGGUUGUCGGAGUUAAGUUGGAAGCUCUCAGGACAUGCGGUUCGUAUUGCAACCGAGUUGGGUCUGCAUCAGAGCUACCAACGCCUCACGCGGGGUCACACCGAUCAAUACGAACGGGCGCAAUUGUGGUAUCUGCUUUAUGUGUGCGAUCACCACUUUAGUAUUGCUUACGGGCGGCCACCUGUGAUUCACGAGGACACUGCGAUUCGAAAUUACGAGGUUUUUCUGGAACUACCGAUGGUAGUACCAGGCGAUAUUCGCCUCCUCGCGCAGGUUGCUUUAUUUAUGAUUUUGACCGAGGCCUACCGCAUGUUUGGCAGUGAUACAGAGCAAGCCCUCACUGAAGCGGACUUUGGCCAGCUUCGUGUAUAUAAUGUUGCAGUGGAUCAAUGGCGACUUCUCUGGCAACCUCGAUCAGGCGACAGUUCAUAUGUACGCACAUACCCUUCUAAGGGCGUUGUCUUACACUACCAUUUCGCCAAGUUCCAACUUAACUCGCUAUCUCUGCGCGCUCUUUCACCCUCUAAUACACCUGUUUUCUCUAUGGAUCGCAAGGAAUCGGCUAAUAUCGCCAUUUCAUCCGCCAUGGCUUGUCUGAACAUGGUACUGGAGGAGCCUGACAUACGAGAUGCCAUCGUAGGAGUUCCUAUUUUUACUCAUACCAUGGUCACUUUCUCGGCAGUUUUCCUACUGAAAGUAGCUAUCAACUGGAAUUCAGCCUACCUCAGCAUCAAUGCGCGCCAGGUGCGUCGGCUUGUUGAGCGAGUGAUUGACUUGAUGAACUGUGUCUCAGCUGGUGAGCGUCAUUUGACGCGACACAUUGCACGUGGACUAGGCAAAAUGCUAGAGCGUUUUGACUCCUGGGAGGCUGCAUGGCAGGUGGGUACUAGUAAUGGGGAGACUGUGGACGGCCGCGACGUGCCAGGGGGCGCGAAUGCGAUGGCUCAAGGUUUCCCGCCACCAGAUCUGAUCUAUGAUAUGGUUGGAACAUAUGGAUUUGGGCUUGAUGAGAAUCUGUUAGAUCCCAGUAUGGCGAAUUUUGAAUUCUUGGCACAGUAA